GGGGCGGAGGGGCUAGCGCGUGCGCACUAGAAAGCUGUUUUGGCGGGCGUUGCGCAGAAGCGGUGGCCGUGAGGGGGUACAAACCAGGGAGGGGGAAGUUGGUUUCGUACCGAGCUGUUACUUUCCCCAGGAAUUGGGUAGCCUUGGUGCAUUAGGUACAACUUCUGCGCUAUGGGAAAAAGAAACAAGAGGACAGCAGAUAGUUCGUCCUCUGAAGAAGAGGAGGAAUAUGUUGUGGAGAAGGUUCUAGACAGGCGUGUUGUGAAGGGUCAAGUGGAGUAUCUUCUCAAGUGGAAAGGAUUCUCUGAGGAGCAUAAUACCUGGGAACCUGAAAAGAACCUUGAUUGCCCUGAACUGAUUGCUGAGUUUAUGAAAAAAUACAAAAAAAUGAAGGAAGGUGAAAACAAGCCUCGGGAGAAAUCAGAGGGCACCAAGCGAAAGUCUAGCCUUGCCAACAACACUGAAGAGAUCAAAGCCAAAAAGAAGAGAGAGAGCACCGAUAUUGCCAGGGGCUUUGAAAGAGGAUUGGAGCCAGAAAAAAUCAUCGGAGCCACAGACUCCUGCGGAGAUUUAAUGUUCCUAAUGAAAUGGAAAGACACAGAUGAGGCUGAUCUGGUUCUAGCAAAAGAAGCCAAUGUGAAGUGCCCUCAAAUUGUGAUAGCAUUUUAUGAAGAGAGACUGACCUGGCAUGCGUACCCAGAAGAUGCUGAAAACAAAGAACGGGAAGCAGUGAAAAGCUAAAGUGGCUGGGGGUUCUCUGUCCACCCAUAAUUGUACAUAUCCACCCUCCCUUUCCCUCUGCCCAAAUGCAUCCAUGGAAAUGUGCUUAUUACUGUGCUCGACAGGAGAAAUGUUGAUAUUGGUUGGUUUAGUCAUAACAUAAAUGGUGUGAGUCACGUUUGGAUUCCCUCCAGGAGAUUGACAUGCAGUGUGGUGGUGUUCUAUCACCUCAUCAUUACCGUAAUAACAAUAAUGGUUCUUGUUUUUAAAGCUCCCUCAGAGCCUCCAGGCCUUAACUUCCUGCCUGGCUGUUUAUUUCUGCAUCAUCAUGUUCUAUGUAGAGAAUUGUUAAGCAUCAUUGUUACUGAUUGAAAAAAUGGCAAGAGCUCCCUGAAUUCAGGACAGACCCAACUGAUCUGGCACAAGUUUUGGAGUCUUAGACCACCCAAAUAACAAGCAAGCUAGAUAUUGGGGAAGGGAGGGAGAGGGCUUUUUCUAGUUUCUUUCAAAAUUGCUAAUGUGUUGCUUGAAUUGCCUUCAAAGAUGCUAGAUAGCCGUUUUCACCCGUAUUUUCUAAUUUCAGGUCAGACCAGGUACCUUUUGGAGAACAAAUAGAAAUCAGUUGGCAAGGAUAGCAUCCCUCUUUUGAACCUGUCCUUUCUCAUCUUAUUCCUUUCAUUCCUUAUCUCCCGUAUUACUGGUGCUAUUUGCAUGACAUGUUUAGUUAGAUUAUAAGGGUAUCUAAUUAAUCAUGUAUACUCCAAAAAAAUUGAGUUAAUUGACCUAUAACUUAUCAUGGCAAUGUCUUCCCCCCUCCCUUGUGCAGACUACUUACUAGAGAAUUAACAGCCUCUUUUUAACAACUGUGAUCAAAAUGUGCUCCUAGAGAAGCCCUAUAAAAAUACUCUUCCUGUGGGCAUUCCCUUUCUAUAGUCCUUUUGAUUUUUCAUUCACUGCACUCCAGGUGUAUAUCUGAAACGUGAGCAUACUGUUGGGAUGUGUAAUUCCAUGAAUCUGCACUGACACCAACUUUUAAUUGCAUUGUAGCAACUCUAUUUUAAAUUUACUUCCUCAGGGAGUGGAGGGUACAGCAUGAAGUAAGAAAGUGAUGCUUCCAGUGAGGACUAAAUAUAGUGUCACUGAAUGACCAUCUCUGUCAUUCGGGGUCAUGUGCCCUGAGUGUGCCUAUGUAAAUUAAUUGGCUUAAAGAGAACUGGAUCAUUCAUGUUGCACAAAUGGGGCCUUUGUGUUAUGUAGGUGAGUAGAUCAGCCAAACAUAGUGUCAUACUUGGAAUGUUUUUCCUUUUCAAAAAAAUAAUAAUCUGAACUGUGGUUCCAGAAUUCUAAUUUGAUUUUUUUUCUGGGCUCUCAGUUAUUUCUUUAGAGACUUCCCCACCAUAUCUGUGCUCUUUCAUCCUAGUAUGUCAAUCUGUUGUUUUCAGAAUAAGUAUGUACUUCAAGUAUACUUUUCAGAGAAAACUACCAACUGAGCAUAGUAAUCUGUGGCUGCAUGACUAGAACAGCUUGGAAAAUUCAAAAAUCCUAGACUGGCAUUUUUAUUCUGAACAAUUGACAGUUAAAAUACAUAGUGAAAUAGAUUUCACAGAUAAAAAUACAUUAGCAAUUUAGCCAAAAAUACCAUGUUUUACAGAAUAAGGACCUUAUGGACUACAAAUCCAAUUAUCCUUCAUCACUGGUUAUGCUGGAUGGGAAUUGCAGCUCAAGAACAGCUGGAGGGUCCCACAUUAACUUUGUUGACCAUUAACAAAUGCUAUUUCACCAGUGGCUUUCCAUCCUGUUCUUCAGCUUCAGGACAGGGCAACAAAAAGCAAAGACUCUUGGCAAGAGCCCUUUCUCCUGACCAAGUCCAUGCAUAUUUUAUUUCAUGUGUAAUGCCUGAAUUGUGUAGCAUGGUAGGGAUUUCUUUGUUAUGUUCCACCACUGCAGACUCACUUGACUGCAUCAGCUUUUAAAAGUGCCAGUUUCCUGCUACAGUAUCUGAGUUUCUGGAUACCUCACAAUAGAAGCAUCCUCCAUACUAGUAAGAUUUGAUAGGAGCUUGGAUCAUUACUGAAAUGGUGCAGGCUACUUUAAAAUGGACACUGGUCCUUAACAUUAAUUCCAGAAUCUGAAUUCAUGCUCUUUGGUCUCUGCUGCCUUAGCAGUACUCAUACUGUUCUAUUUUUAUUUUUUUUUAUAAUGAGGAGAGAUGUUCCUACCCAUGCUUGAUCAGAAAAUCCCACCACUACUUACUUCAUUUCUGCAUUGUUGAAUUUCUUUCCUUUUGUUUAGCAAGCAGAUGAAGUAGGUUGCCAUCCUUCCAUUUAUGUAUUCUGUACCUUGCUAAUCUGUCAGGAAUUGCAACGGAGCAUGGUGUGAUGUAGCAUGACGUGAAUUACAUCUGUGACCCAACUAAUGAUUCAUAUGGUUAAGUUCUAUAUCUUGCUAAAUGCCCAGCAUCAGAAAAUUGGUGGCAUUUUUGUUUUGACGGAUUUCCUUGUGUUCAAUUGAUAGGUGUACUUCUGUCAACCACAUCAAGAGAAAACAUUUAUGAAACAUGUAUUCUAAUUUGUUUGGAUCAUGACAUCAUUCCAUGUAUGUAGUUUAAGAACCUAUUUUGCAACCAGUCUAUCUUUCAGUGGUUUUGAGGCAGGUUUGCCUUUAAAAUAUGCAGCCUCCAUAGCUUUGUUCAGCAUAUUCUGUUGGAACUGAAUAGAUUUUUACAGUUUGAUUCCUGAAUGGGGAUGGGUAACCCCUUUAACAAUUUACUUUGAAGGGGAUUUUGUUGAAAAAAAUGCCCUGCUGCUAAAUUAAUAGAAAUAUGUUUCUUUUCUAGAAUCCUUAUUUGGUCAGUCAUUUUCCACAAUAUUAAAUGAGAUAUGUGAAAGUUCAGACUGUAGAUUGGACAUUAGCUUUGUAUUUCUGAUUCCACUUGAAAGCUGUCAUGUAUAGACAGAAGCAUAGCUGCCUGCAUUUGGCUAAUGGCCAGCUAUUGCUCUUGAAUCCCACUGACCUUAAUUUUUGACUAUUAGUUCUUCAGUGUGGGGAUGUUUUCAUUCAUUCCUGUGCUGGAAGAGGACAGCAGUUGCAAAACAGGAUUUGGGAAGCUAUAUGGAUUUCAGUUUGUUUGCAUGUGAUUUGUACCACACUGAAUAAAUGCUUACUUGAGGGUUUUUUUUUUAAGUCAAGAAGAGCCUCAGGUUCUGAUUUUUGCAUGGGAACUCUCAAAUGAGAAGAAUAUCUCUUUCAUCCAUUAUGCUUCACAGAAUACUAGUUAUCCUGCCCCACUCCCUUGGAAUUCUCUAAUUUCUAUCUGAUAGCUGGAGAGAUCAAAUGAUUAUGUAUUGUAUGGCUACUGUCAAGGAUAAAAGACAAUUUACUAAUAGGCAUCUGCCUGAAGCGACACAAAAGGCCCCUGGGUGUUCCAAAUCUUCUUGAAAGGAAGACUAUUCUGAUUUCUAAUCCCUUCAAGAAUAGAACAGAGAAAAAUAAAUACAAUAUCCAAGUUUGUGCAGCUUUCUACCUCACUACUUAAAAAUGGCUAAUUCCAGCAGAAAGCAGUUCUGGAGGUUUUCCUUAUUGCACAAACAUGUACUUGUGUGACACAUUCAUUGAAUAGAACCCACCCCCUAACAAGGAAAAGGCCAUGACAAAAAAAUAAAUUGAAUAAUUAAUGACCAAAAAUAAUGGCCUAUAAAACAAAGUACCCAUUGGUAAAAUUAAAUGAUUUCUGUGUAAUACAAGUCCACCCUGCAAACAAAAGCAUGCAUGCAUUCAUAAGAGGCCAUUUUCUUCCAGCAAACCACAAAAACAACAGCAAUGGAAUAAAGGGGAAUUACACUGAAAAGAAGAACAAUGGUAAACCAAAGUGGAUGGAGAUGGAAGAAUGAGGAAAUAGAUGAGUAUCUGGAAGGAGUUGAGAGGAGAGGGACAAACCACCACCAUCUCCUCUGUGUUAGAAUGAGGACUGCUGAAAAAUACAUGUGAAGUUCAGGGAUAAAGGUGGCAUUUUUAGAACCGUAUCCCUAAGAAAUAUGUUGGCAAUUUAAGCUCCCUUCUACACGUCUCUUCUGUGAGAAUUAAAAAAAAAACCUGCUACAAUACCUUAUUUUCCCUUGAUAUCCAGUUUGUUAGGCCUAUUAGUGCAGAUGGGAAGCUGACUCCUUGAGCUUAUGGGGGGUGGGGGUGGAAAUGGUGUCCUCAGUGAUCUGGUAGGAGGGGGCUUUGUAGGCCAGGAAGAAAAAUGCCAGACAUCUGAAGAGUCAAUGCCGAGGGCAAGAGUGACAUACAGAUAGUCUACUUAUGACAUGCAACAGACUGACCCAGGGUACUUGCAGCCAAAGCUAAAAUGGCCACUUUUCCCUUGCUGUCAUGUGACUGCAUUUCAGACACUUGGCAACUGGCCUGUAUUCAUGCUUGCAGUCCUGCAGUUACAUGACUUUACUUUGGAUUUGUUUCUCUUAAUUGAUUGGCUCUCUUAAAGACCACUGCAUAAUGUAAAAUUGGAUUAGUCAGGUGAGUGGCCUCAUUUACAACCAUCAUGGCUUAACUGUAAUGGGCAGACUCCAUUAAGUUGAAGACUUUGCCUCAUAGCCCUUGCCUCCCUUUUAAAGGCUAUAUGCCUUUAAUAAUGGUUUCUUUCUCUUCCCCUCAAGCACUGGCCAAUGCUCACUCAUGAUUUACAGCAUCCUGUAACAAAUUUCAGCUAUAGCUGAGGUGCCAUAAUUUGUCCUCAUUAUUACAUUGGUAUGAUGAUGCUCUAAAUCGCUCCUGGGGAUUUCACCCAUGCCCCAGAAUUUUUAUCUCUGCAUUGUCUGUGAGGAAAGUGGGCAAACCUGUGUAGAAGGAAUAUUGAAUCUGGAGCAAGUGCUGUGGAUGAUUGACAGCCUGCCAUUCCUUUCUGUGCUGCAAUCUUGUCAAAUCAAGUCUAAGAGAAAGUCUCUGCUGUUACUAAUUAGAGUAUUGGCUUUCCAGCCCAUGUCUUUCAGCUAUUUUGGCUGGUAUUGCUUCUUACCAGCUAAGUUCAUUGGGUGAGCCAAAAUCAAGUUGAAUUGCAGGCUAAAUGAGAGACAUCUCACAAAAUGUUGAGGGAUCGACUCUGGUAACCUUUAGGUUUUAAGGUCCUGCUACCUCACUGAUUUCGCCCUUAUUUUUAUUCUCAAAUGUAUUGGAGAGGAAGCUUAAGAUACCUUGAAGUGCACCUUUCCUACUCCUGUAGGUACCAGCCUAAAAGCUACCUUCUUCACUAGUGGCUGCUAAUAGAAAUUCUUACAGAGUGGUAAUAAGACUUCUGUGAUUACAAGUAUUAGUGUGUCAGGCUAAAAAGAAAAAGGCAUUUUAGGAAGUUGGUAGCAGCAAUGCCGUUAGUAAAAAAAAAAAGAUGGCAUUUCUCUGUAGCAUUUGCUUCCUAGUAUUUGCUAGGAUUUUGAGAUGGAUUAGUGUACAUGUGUUUUAAAUGCUUACUCUUAUACAGCCUGUUGAAUGCAUGCAUGUAACUGAUUAGUUGCCAUGUGGGGAGAAUCAUUAGAAUAAAAUAUACAAUCUUUGCCUUCCUCCACUCCCAAACACACAAUUAAAAAUUUUAUUUUGGAUGCACCAUUAAUAUAAAGUAGCACACACAGGACCCUUUCACAGUUUGGCAAAUUUGAUGAAUAUCUGAAGGUUCUUAAGAGUUCUUUGUCAAACUUCAAUGAAGCAAAAAUAGGGCAACUUGACACUUGAAGAAUUGCUACUGCAGAUGAAAUGCUAAAACACUCUACGGGCAGAAAUAUAAGUAAAGUGACAGCUUUUAGUAAGUUCCACAAUGUGACCUCUGUGUAAUAUGAUGUAACCUUGUUCAAAGGCUCUUUUAAAAGCGAGAGCUCUUUGAACCAUCAACAAAGAAUGUCCAGAUUU